GGGCUGGAGGAGGAGGGCUCUUUUUCCUGGCUCCAAAACCCAGGUACUGAGCAGAGUGCUGAGAGCUACCCCCAGCUAGGUAUUUUGCCUGGCUUUAGGACUUCUACUGGCUGCAGCUUGCGUGGAAAGCACCCAGGGAGACCCUCCAGCCUCGCAAUGAAGGCAGUGAUCUUUGAGGAUGUGGCUGUGAACUUCACCAUGGAGGAGUGGGCCUUGUUGGAACCACACCAGAAGAAGCUCUACAGAGAUGUGAUGUGGGAAAACUUCAGCAAUGUGACUGCUAUAGAAAGAAACUGGGAUGACCAGAAAAUGGAAGAUGAGUACAAAAAUUAUAGGAAAAAUCUAAGAAGUGCAGAGAUUGAUAAAUGCUGUCAGUAUAAAUUAUGGUAUAAAUGUGGAGAAAUGGAUUUUAUGACUCCUGAUACAGAUGUGCACAUGAAACUGCUUGGUGUAAAACCAGGUGAAAGCCUUGCAUGUGGAAAGCCUCUGAUUGGUGAUUCAGCACCAACUGUGCCCAUCAUACGUAACGCUGGACUCAAAUCAUAUGUGCUCCAUGGAUUUGAACAGAAACUAUGUAACUGUAACAGACACGGGAAAACCUUCACUGACUUUCAGUUUCUUCAGAAACAUGUAAAGACAAAUCCUGAAGAAAAACCCUAUGGAUAUAAGCAGUGUGAAAAAUCCUACUGUGAUUGCACUGAAGGAAGUAAUGCUGAAGAGAAAUGCUUUGUACAUAAGCAAGAUGUGAGAGCCUUCAGUGUACCCAACUAUGUUCAAAUCCAGAAAAGAGAUCACAGUAGUGUAGAUACCUAUAUAUGUAUACAGUGUGGAAAAGGGUUGCAUUCUCACCAUGAUAUUCAGAAACAUGAAAGAAUUCACACUGGAACAAAAUCCUAUGUAUAUAUACACAGUUGGAAAUUUUUAAAUAAUAACACUUCGUUUGGUAAUCAUGAAAGAACUCACAUCAAGGGAAAACACUAUAUAUGUAAACAGUGUGGGAAAGCAUUCAGCACACCAAGUCAUUAUCAGAGACACAAACAAAUUCACACUGGGGAGAAAUCUUACGUAUGCAAGCAAUGUGGGAAAGCUUUCACCACAGAUACUUCUUGCCAAAUACAUGAAAGGACCCACAAUGGGGAGAGACCUUAUGUAUGUAAGCAAUGUGGGAAAGCUUUCAGCAGGCAGAGUGUAUGUAAAAUACAUGAAAGGACCCAUAGUGGGGAGAAACCCUAUAUAUGUAAUCAGUGCGGGAAAGCUUUCAGCACACACAUCGUAUGUAAAAGACAUGAAAGGACUCACACUGGGGAGAAGCCCUAUGUAUGUAAGCAAUGUGGGAAAGCUUUCAGCAGACAGAGUGUAUGUAAAAUACAUGAAAGGACCCACAGUGGGGAGAAACCCUAUGUCUGUAUGCAAUGUGGGAAGGCUUUCAGCACACACAUUAUAUGUAAAAGACAUGAAAAGACUCACACUGGAGAGAAACCCUAUAUAUGUAAGCAAUGUGGGAAAGCAUUCACUACACAUAGUUACUGUCAAAUACAUGAAAGGACCCACACUGGACAAAAACACAAUGUAUGUAAGGAAUGUGGGAAAGCUUUCAGCACACACAGUGUAUGUAAAAUACAUGAAAGGACCCACACUGGGGAGAAGCCCUAUAUAUGUAAGCAAUGUGGAAAAGCUUUCAGCACACACAGUUAUUGUCGAACACAUGAAAAUGGUCACACUGGGGGAAAACCCUAUGUAUGUAAGCAAUGUGGGAAAGCUUUUACCACACACCGUUAUUGUCAAACACAUGAAAAGACUCACACUGGGGGCAAAUCCUAUGAAUGUAAGCAAUGCGGGAAAGCUUUCAGCAGACACAAUGAAUGUAAGAGACAUGAAAGGACCCACACUGGGGAAAAACCCUAUGUAUGUAAGCAAUGUGGGAAGGCUUUCAACACACACAGUAAUUGUCUAACACAUGAAAAGACUCAUAAUGAAGUAAAACCCUAUGUAUGUAUGCAAUGUGGAAAAGCUUUCACUACACGCAGUUAUUGUCAACGACAUGAAAGAACUCACACUGGGAAAAAACCCUAUGAAUGUAAGCAAUGUGGGAAGGCUUUCACUACACACAGUUCUUGUCAAAUACAUGAAAGGACUCACACUGGAGAGAAACCCUAUGUGUGUAAGCUAUGUGGGAAAGCUUUCAGCCGGCACAGCGUAUGUAGAAUACAUGAAAGGACCCACAAUGGGGUGAAACCCUAUGUGUGUAAGCACUGUGGGAAAGUUUUCAGCACACACAGUUACUGUAAAGCACAUGAAAGGACUCACACUGGAGAAAAACCUUAUGUAUGUAAGCAAUGUGGGAAAGCUUUCAGCAGGUGCAGUGAAUGUAAAAGACAUGAAAGAACUCACAAUGGGGAGAAACCCUAUGUAUGUAAGUAAUGUGGAAAAGGUUUCACCACACACAGUUCUUGUCAAAAAUAUGAACAAACCCACACUGGGCAGAAACUAUGUAUGUAAGAAGUGUGGGAAAGCUUUCAGCACAUACAAGAGUUGUCAAAGGGAUGAAAGGAAUCAAACUAUAGAAACCCUGUGAAUGUAAGCAAUAUGGAAAAGCCUUUCAGUUACUCUGGUAAUCAGCAUAGACAUUAAAAAAUUAGGAGAGGAAAUUAACUUCAAAUAUGUAAAGUUACUUGCAUUGACAUGAAAGGACAGUGCAGAGGAUCCCUUUAUUUGUGUACAAUGUAAAAAAAAAUCAGUACAUAGGUAGUAUUACAUACCUUAAUGAAUUCAUAGAAUAGAGAAUCUGUACCUGUGUAAUCAAUGUGGGAAAUAUUUUACUUUUCUCAGUGAAUUCAGUUUCAUAAAAGAAUUGACAUGAGAGGAAACCAGAUGUAUGCAAUAAAUAUGAGAAACCCUACCAUUUUUCUCAUCUUGAAAGUCAUGAAAAUAUUUCCACUAAAGAGAACAUCUAUGUAAAUGAUGUGAAAGCUUUUUAUGAUUGUCAUAACAUUGGAAAACAUGCACAAACUCAAAAUGAGACAGUGUAAUACUGAAUGUGAGAAAAAGAAUCAGAGUGAUAGAGACAAAACUGUACUAGAAAUGACAAACACAGAUUCAAACCACACAUACAAAGACAGUUCCUUCAGUAUAUCUGUGGAUUAAUGCACUAAAGAGAUAGGAAAGUGCAUUGCAAUGUUAAAUUCACAAUAACAAAGCACCUUGUAUGCACGUCUUCAGUACAUAGCCUUUAAGGGACAUUUUACAUGCAAACUAUUGCCUUAGUUCUGUGGAUAAUAUGAAGUAUAUUUAUGCAGUGAAAUUUUAUUGCAUCCUAAAAGAACGGCAGUCCUUCAUUUAUAACAAUGUAAAUUAACCAAGAGGUCACUACAUGCAUAGACAAAACUUGAUUGUUUUUGUUUUUACCACCUAAAAUUGACAACUUUAAAGAAUCAAGAGUAUUUAGUGAUUGUUGCCAUGUGUGUGGGUGGGGAAGUUGAGCAAUGUUAAUGAGAAAGCAGAAUGUUUUUCUUAUAGUGUACAAAAGGGCAUAGAUCUCAUAGUGACUAGGAUUGAUGCAGUGCCAUAGUAUUACAAUUUGCUAAUAGUUGUUUUUAAUUUCUUGUACAUGUACUAUUAUGGUUUGUGUCUAGAUGUCCCCCAAAGCCUCAUGCAGUGAUAGG